AUGUCUUCGCUGGGUAACCAGUGGCGUAUGAUCCGACACUAUUUGUCGUCGAGCAAUCUUCAUGGCGAGGUGGAGAAAUUAAUUCAGAAGAUUAAGCCCGCCACCCCUAAGCAGUGGGACGAUCUCAUCAAGAGGUUUGAGAAGAUGGUGUCAGUGCAAAUGUCAAGUACAAAGGAAAUUACUGUUGACAAACUACAAGAUGCCAGUGGUGCUGUAUUGAAACCAACAAAAGUUGAAGAAAGUGAUACCAAUACACAGGUUGCUAAUAGUGAACUGAAAGAAGUUAAACAGAAAGAUGUAGGAUCAGAUAUUAAAGAGAGCAUGACAGUGGAGAGUCUGUGGCAAGGGCUAAAGUUGAAGAAAGAUACCCACCUGGGCAAGAUAUCUGAACCAACAUGGAAGUCCAAUAAACAGAUUAUGACCAAGACUUCGAUUCACUCCCGCACCGCGUACGUGGUGAGCGCCAUCGAGAGCGCGGCGUCGCCGGAGAGCGUGCUGCGCCGCACCGAGCGGCUCAUCGAUCACCUGCACGAGUACCCCGAGGCGAGGGACUACGCCAUCAAGGAGGGCGCGGUGCGCGCGCUGCUGCGCGUGCAGCACGGCGCGCAGCACGGCGCGGCCGCCGACGUGCUGGGCGCCGCCAACGAGGCGCUGGCGCUGGUGGGCUACGCGGCUCCUCCGCGCUGGGCGGGCGCCAACGUGCUGUCGCUGGACGGCGGCGGCAUCCGCGGCAUCAUCGCCAUCGAGAUCCUGCGACACCUGGAGCGGCUGACGGGCCGCAAGGUGCACGAGCUGUUCGACUACAUCAUCGGCGUGAGCACGGGCGCCAUCAUCGCGGCGGUGGUGGGCGGCGGCGUGGGCAGCCUGGCCGAGGCGCGCCGCAUGUACAUGACGCUGUCGCGCGACAUGUUCGGCAACACCAGCCGCCUCGGUGGGGCCUCCCGCCUCGUAUGGACGCACUCCUACUACGACACGCAGGCGUGGGAGAAGAUGCUGCAGGACAACCUUAAGGACAGCACUCUCGCGCAUUGCAAUAGAAAUAAUAUGCCUAAGCUGGCGAUAGUGUCGUGCGUGGUGAACGCGGGGUCGCGGCUGUCGCCGUACCUGUUCCGCUCGUACUCGGUGGGGUACCGCGUGCGCUCGGCCUUCCCCGGCACGUCGCGCGCCAAGCUGUGGCACGCCGUGCGCGCGUCGGCCGCGGCGCCCACGUACUUCGACGAGUUCCGCCUGCACGGCCUGCUGCACCAGGACGGCGGCAUCAUGGUCAACAACCCGGCCGGCGUCGGGCUGCACGAGGCGCGCCUGCUGUUCGGCGCGGACGCAGUGGCGCGCGGCGCGCUCGUGUCGGUGGGCACCGGCCGGGCCCUGGCGCCGCACCAGGACUACGGGCGGCUGGCGCGAGACGCCUCGCACGCGCCCGGCACCAGCUGGCGCGACAAGUUCAACAAGAUACUCGACUCCGCCACCGACACCGAAGGCGUGCACCUGGUGUUGAACGACUUGAUACCCGCCGGCAACUACUACCGGUUCAACCCCCCGCUGAUGCAGGAGUGCGCCAUGGACGAGAUCGACGAGCACAAACUCGAGAACCUGCUGGUCGACACCGCGGAGUACAUCAGACGCAACCAGCACAAGUUCGCGCGCGCGGCGGAGCAGCUGACGCGGCGCCGCUCGGUGGCGCAGCGCUGCGCCGACGCGCUGCGCGAGCGAGCCGUGCGCGCCGGCCUGUGA